AUGCAGCCGCACCACUGUUUCCUUCCCUUGAGACUGAAGCCAACUCCUCCUCCCUUGAGAUCAUACCACAAGGUUCCAGUGAAUGGACAUCAGAAGGCCGCUGCUGCUGCAGCUGUUCUUGCAGGUAGGGUUUCCCACGCCGCCUUCUCAUCCCCACCCCAUCCCGUCCCCCACGUGGCCCUUCUCAUCCUCACCCCGUCCUGUCCCCCACGCCGCACGCGCCGUCCUGUCCCCCACGCCGACGAGCCCACUGCUCCGAAUCUCGAGCUGACGACGUGCCCUGCUCCAACAUCUGUAGCGUCCUCCUUCGCUCCACCUUUGAACAUGAUGCCUCUUGCACGAAAGUUGGCUGCAAGCAGACGGCAACCAGCAGAGUCGCCAGCCACUGAAUGUGAAAGAGUAAGGGCUGAAAUGAUCAUGAGGAACAAUCGUGUAUUUCAGUCCCUUGGUAUUAAUGCAACAAAGGACAUUUUGAACAAGACCAUUCAAACAAAGAAGGAUGCACUUUUGAACAAGACCACUGCAGCUAAGAAGGCUAUGGCUCGUGAAAACUCUGGUUCAUUGUAUGACCCUAGAGAUAGUGAUGGCAGUGAAGAGGGUGUAGUUGAUAAGGUUUCACAGAAUGUGCCUUGCAACACCAUCGUUGCUAAUGGAGGAGCAAGAGGUUCAAAGAGAGUGUAAGCACCUGGUGAACAAGGCCAAAAUCAACCUCCUAGAGUGACUAGGCAGAGGACAAAGGAACUGAUUCGAAGCGAGGAAGGCGUCCAUGUUGCAACUACAACUAUACAAGAAGAUGCAUUGACUAUUACCAAUUGUCUUAACCAAACUGACCAUGAUAUAGAAAUGCCCAAAGAAGGCAAGAA